AUGGCGGUGAUAACAAACGUGGCUCUCGUUGUCUGUGCUAUUCUUGUUGCUUCAGGGUUAGAGAUUAGUGCAAUGCCAUAUGAUUACUCAGUUAAUACCGAGUGUUUGGGAAAGCCAGAAAAUGCUCAAUACAAGGGAGGGAUAAUUGAAAACCCAGAAUUGAAUGAAGGGUUGAAAGGGUGGUUUCCAUUUGGUAGUGCAAAAAUUGAGCAUAGAGAAGAAUCAAAUGGCAAUAAAUUCAUAGUGGCUCAUACAAGAAACCAUUCUUAUGAUGCCUUCUCUCAAGUACUUCACUUGCAUCCAAACAUCAUCUAUACCUUUUCAGCUUGGGUACAAGUGAACAAGGGAAAAGCUGACGUGGGAGCGGUUAUAAAAAGAAGAGGAGGUUAUGAACACGUGGGAGCUACAAUGGCCCAAUCAAACUGUUGGUCCUUCCUUAAGGGCGGCCUCACCGUCACCGAACCCGGUCCAGUUGAGCUCUACUUUCAGAGCAACAAUACUAAGGUGGAAAUUUGGGUGGAUAGUGUCUCAUUGCAACCAUUCACUCAACAACAAUGGAAAGCUCAUCAGGACCAAGCCAUUGAGAAGUAUCGCAAGAGGAGGGUGAAAAUCCAAGCAAUCAACAGAGAAGGCAAUCCCCUACCCAAUGCAACCAUCACUCUGCAACUAUGGCGGUCAGGUUUUCCCGUCGGCUGCGCCAUCAACCGCAACAUUCUCAACAAUUCCCCUUACCAAAACUGGUUCCUCUCCCGCUUCACCACCACCACUUUGGAGAACGAAAUGAAAUGGUACAGCACCGAGCAAACGCAGGGCCAUGUCGAUUACUCCGUUUCCGACGCCAUGAUUCAGUUCACCAACCGCCACAACAUCGCCGUCCGCGGCCACAAUAUCUUCUGGGACGACCAACAGUACCAACAAGAUUGGCUGAAAUCGCUCUCAUUCAGAGAUCUCUACAUUGCCGCCCGACGGAGACUUGGUUCGGUCAUGUCUAAGUACCGAGGGCAAGUGAUUGCCUGGGAUGUGGCGAAUGAGAAUCUCCAUUUUAAUUUCUUUGAGAGCAAAUUAGGGUUGGGUGCUUCCGGUUUGUUUUAUAAUUGGGCGAUGAAAGCCGAUCAAUCGAUUCCGUUGUUUCUGAAUGAGUUCAAUACUAUUGAGUAUAGCGGCGAUGCGGCUUCUUCUCCGGCUAGGUAUCUUCAGAAACUGGAUGCUAUUAGACGAUUUCCUGGUAAUAGUGGCGGUAGAUUUGCGAUUGGACUGGAAUCGCAUUUUGGUCCUAAUCCUAAUAUUCCUUAUAUGAGAUCCGCCAUUGAUACGCUCGGUUCUGCUGGAGUGCCGAUUUGGCUCACCGAAGUCGAUGUUUCUAACUCGCCGAAUCAGGCAUAUAACUUGGAGCAAGUUCUAAGAGAGGGAUUUUCUCAUCCAAAAGUUAAUGGAAUUGUGAUUUGGUCAGCAUGGUCACCAGGGGGAUGUUAUCGAAUGUGUUUGACAGACAACAACUUUCACAACUUGCCAACUGGUGAUGUGGUAGACAAAUUGUUACAAGAGUGGGGGAUCAAAGGCUCAAUCACUGGAACAACAGAUGGCAAUGGCUUCUUUGAAGCCUCACUUUUCCAUGGAGAAUAUGAAAUGCAAAUCUCUCACCCGUCUGUCACCGAAUCCUCCCUCAAUGCUCAGAAGUUUAGUGUUUUUGCUGCAUCAGAAGGUGAAUCAGAACAACAAUCACCUUUACUGGUUCAAGUUGAUUUCUGAUCCAUUUGGGUAUGUUUAAUUAUUCUUCAUGUUCUGUUCUUUAGGCUAAUUACUCUCACAACAGUUUGGUAGAUUGAAUACGGUGAAUAAAAUUAGGGUGUAAUUUUGCAGCUUUGGGUAUUUUUAGGUAUGAACAGCUCUUGGCUUGUAACAAAGUUUCAAGUUGAGUUAGCUUCACAUUGUUAUUUUAUAGCAUACAAUAUUAAUAAAGGUGCAAGCAAGUUGGCUUGAUUUUUUU